AAAGAUUUUAAUUAUUAUUUGAAAUGACAAAGAAGACAAAGAAGGUUGGAAUUACAGGAAAAUAUGGUACAAGAUAUGGUGCAUCUUUAAGAAAGAUAAUAAAGAAGUUUGAAAUUUCAUAGCACUAAAGAUAUUUCAAUACAUUUACUGGGGCAGUAUGAAAUACAUUAAAAUAAAAUAGCAUUCAUUAAAAAGAUAAGCAAUAGGUAUAUGGAGAUGUACAUAAACUGGUUUAUAAAUAGCUGGUGGUGCUUGGGAAGUCAAGUAAUAUAAAUAUAAAUAGUAGUACACCUGCUGGAUUAUCUGCAAAAUAAGGUAUGUUAAGAAUCAAGAAAUUAAAGGAAGAUGCUGAGGUAGAAGUUAAAGAUGAAAAGAAAGAUUAAAAGAAAUAAUAACCAAAAGAAUAAUUAAAAGAAUAACCAAAAGAAUAAUCUAAAGAGAAAGAAACAAAGAAAACAUAACCAAAAAAAUAAUAAGCUAAGAAACAAUGAGUAUAUUAAUACAAU